CCCCCCCCCGCCCCCCCCUCCACCACCAUGGACCAGCAGCGAGACAAAUACGGCGAGCGGCCGGCCAGGAGCACCAAGGUGUCCCAGGGCGGCCGCAGCGGGCACUCCUCCAGACCCUCCGGGUCCUCGGGGUCCUCCGGGGUCCUCAUGGUGGGGCCCAACUUCCGCGUGGGGAAGAAGAUCGGCUGCGGGAAUUUUGGCGAACUGAAACUGGGUAAAAACCUCUACACCAAUGAGUAUGUAGCUAUCAAAUUGGAACCGGUGAAGUCGAGGGCACCACAGCUGCAUUUAGAGUACCGGUUCUACAAAACUCUGGGAACAACAGCAGAGGGCGUGCCCCAGGUGUUUUACUUCGGGCCCUGUGGGAAAUACAACGCCAUGGUUCUGGAGCUGCUGGGCCCCAGUCUAGAGGACCUGUUUGACCUUUGUGACAGGACCUUUUCACUGAAGACUGUCCUAAUGAUAGCCAUUCAGCUGAUUUCUCGGAUGGAGUACGUGCACUCUAAAAAUCUCAUCUACAGAGAUGUCAAACCUGAAAACUUUCUGAUUGGGCGGCAAGGCAAUAAAAAGGAACACAUCAUCCACAUCAUCGACUUCGGCCUGGCCAAAGAGUACAUCGACCCCGAGACCAAAAAACACAUUCCGUACCGGGAGCACAAGAGCCUGACCGGUACCGCCAGAUACAUGUCCAUCAACACGCACUUAGGAAAAGGUGGGACUCGCUUCAAAGCAUGCUUCUCUGCUGACACACUGAAGGAAAGAUACCAGAAGAUCGGAGACACAAAACGAAACACUCCCAUCGAGGUUCUUUGUGAGAACUUCCCAGAGGAAAUGGCCACAUACUUGCGGUAUGUGAGACGGUUGGACUUCUUUGAGAAGCCCGACUAUGAGUACCUGAGGACGCUGUUCACAGAACUGUUUGAGAGAAAAGGGUACACCUUCGACUACACCUACGACUGGGUUGGGAGGCAGAUAGUAAAUUCAGCAGCGUCUGCCGUCACGAGGGAGAGCCACGCCCACAGGGACCGGCCCUCCCAGCACCCGCCCGUCAGGAACCAGACAGCGGUCUCAGAUCGACGAGGAGCAUGGGAGGUGCAGCCCACACGACAAGCAAACUCCUCCUAUCUGACCUCCCACCUGGCAGCGGACAGGCACGGGGGCUCAGUGCAGGUGGUCAGCUCGACCAAUGGGGAGCUGAACGCCGACGACCCUCUGGCCCACUCCAACGCGCCCAUCACGGCUCAGGCCGAGGUGGAGGUGGUCGACGAGGCAAAGUACGUACCCCCCCCCCCCUCUCUCUCUCUCUCUCUCUCUCUCUCUCCCCCACCACCAUCCCUCUCUCCCUCUGUCUACUUCUAGGACAGAGGGCCAGGCCCCUCCUGCACCGGUGCUCUCCGGGGAGGAUUUCGCUCCACUCAAAACCACAACGCGGCCCAGAACACACUACAGUCCGGCGCCGUUCUGCCGCCGUCGCCGUGA